UCAGUUUACAUUCUUUCAAAAUCCUUUUCAAAUGCUUGGCAACAGACCCACGUUAUUUUCUUUUUGAAAAUCAGCGACACCGAUUUACAAAAGGAAACGAUGUUUUGUUGGUAGAAGUCUAGGAUCUGCAUAAUGAAGAGCUUUAUUAAAACGCAGUUGACAGUACAUACAACCGGAUUUUCCACCACAAAGUUUAUUCCUUUCCGGAGCAUUUAAACCAAGACUGAACCCUAUGUUUCAAACUUUGGUUUCAAUAGUGCCACGACGCCGAUUGAAAACGCUAAUAUGGCUGAUGGUUGUUGUCGUAUUGUUACAAUCUCUUUUUUUCUUUAUCGUCGACGAAGUUCGAUCGAGUGACGCCCGGGUUACCAAACAAGACUGUUCUUCGACGAAAAACUCAGGUAUUGUAAGAACCUUGCCCUUAGGUUAGUAGCUCCAUAUUCAAAAUUAAUAAUUAUAUGACAUUUUAGAUUGGGAAAUCUGAACAAAGACUUCUGUCGAUAUUCUUUUAAUGGUAAGAUGAUUACGAAAGUAUUCUAUCUUGCUGGUUCUUCUAUGUCCUACUGAUAACGUAGACUGACUUUAAAAUCAAUCAUCGUUACAUACGGUUUGCCUUGGCAAAAACUUCUAGUUUAAAUUUUAUAAUUAUGAUAGUGACAGGAAUAAAGUGAAAUAUAUAGCAAUUUUCCCUCAAAUUUUUCUGAAGGAAGUCCUUUUACUGGUAACUCAACUGUGAUACAAGUCAGGGCACUUGACGAAACUUAUCUUCUUUAUUCAUAAGUUCCCUUUCGUUUAGGAGAUAAUUUCAGUUUUAAAGCGAAUUCUCAUCGGAGGACUUUUUACUUCAGAAGAGAUUUCCAAUGAGAAGUUGACUGAUCCGGCCUUUUUUCGAAGUAAUCGCGGAUUAUUUUUACAUGUGGAGAACAUUCCAGUCGUAAGAUCAACUGAUACAGAGGAAGGUCUAGAGAAUGGUGGAGCGAAUUAUACAGAAAAAGAUGCGCAGCCGACGUCAAGAGAAAAUACAGGGAUUUCUCAAAUAACAGCUGAACUGGCUAAAAGUAACUAAGAGUCACAAAGACCUUUCUCCACAGAUGGAAAAUUGAGUGAUGGCGACGAAUUGACUGGAGUUAACUGCAAACAAUUCAGAAAUAGGACAUCUGUAAAUGGUCAUCUGAACCUGCAUGAGUGGCGCGGAUGGUGUGGACACGCCGUUGACGAUCUAAGAAGAGAACCACUAUUUCCUUUUAAACCACAAGUCAACACUGUUCUUGACAAGUUCGCUACAAAUGUAACAAAAAGGUCACUGAGCGGAAAUCGAAUAUUUGGCUACGUUCAUCCUCCGACCACAGGUGACUUUGUUUUCGCUAUUAGCUCAGCUGACGGUUCAGAGCUCUGGUUGAGUUCAAAUGACGAUCCAAAAAAUUCGAAAAAAAUUGCCUAUCUUGGAGACCCUGGUAACCAGUAUGGAGCCAGUACUCAUUUCGGAAAGUUUCAAGUAAAGGCGUCUCAAACCUCAGAGGCCAUCAGACUUGAAGCGGGAAAAGCAUAUUAUGUGGAGGUUCUUCAAAAGCAAAAGUAUAACCAAGAUCACGUAGAAGUAGCGUGGAAAAUGCCAGGGGACGAAAGUCUUGAAAUAAUUGGCUCACGUUACAUCUCCCAGUACAUGGAUUAUUCAGCCGAGAAAGCAGAAAUCAGUGCAAGACUUUUAUGCAUUUGUAAAGAUCACCCGACUUUAUCAUUUGCAUAUGAUGAGUUCAUGACUCGUGAACAGUAUGAUUUGCGGGACGACUUCCAUUCUCGAGUUGAAGAUCUUCCUCACUCCGAAGUUUCGGACAUCCUCCCGUCGUGUCCUUACCAACCGUCUUAUGUAAUCUCGAAAAAACUCUAUGAAAAUGAGGCCUUCGUUGGAAACUUUAUCCAGCGUCCUCGAGUCUUUCCAAACGAUCGAACGGAUAUCAACAUGUCACAUGACAUUAACAACCAUAUCAGCUGGGGAAACAAAAAGCUUGGAAAAAAUGACGCUUUGCAGAUUGUAUCUACAUACAUGGAAGCUCUCGCUAAAAAGAAAGGGGACAGAUUCGUUCUUAAGGAGAUCGUCAACGUGGAAGCAAAAGAUGAUCCUAAAAAGGGAACCCGUUAUUUGCUGGAAAUGGAACUCCUGGACAAAACCAAAGAACGUUCUGUUCGUUUAUCAGAAUAUGUUUACAGACCCGUAAAAAACGACACUGUUCUUUGUGACCCAGAAGGCUUCCAGUGGAAACGAAAUGUCACAGUUUUUAUGGUGAUAACAGUUAAGAACUAUGGACCAUGGAUCAGAUUCCUAGUAAAUCAAUUGGCUCAGAUUUACGAGAAAGGAUACGACAGUAACUUCUUCCUUGUCAUCGUGGAUUUCAACAGUAGUGAUAUUGAUCUUUUUCAACUCAGAGAAAAUAGUGGAAUUAAAGACCGGAUUGCCAUUCUACGACAUUUCACUGAAUUUCACAAGACGAGGGCUUUAAACGACGGAGUGCGUUACAUCAAGGAUCCAAACAGUAUCAUCUUUACAGCAGAUCUGCACAUAAAGUUCCCAGUUAAUAUAUUUGACGUCGUACGAAAGCACGCGAUUCAAGGCAAAAGUUUUUACUCACCAGCAGUUCUAAAGCUGAAAUGUGGUUACUCUAUUACACAUCAACAAGCUUACUGGGAAAUGAUGGGCUAUGGUUUGUUCGGAGCGUACAAGUCGGACUGGGACAGUUUUGAAGGACUAGACGAAGUCAAAUUCACUACACGAUGGGGCGGUGAAGACUGGGAUUUAAUGGACAGAGCUAUUGGUGCUAAUUUAGAGGCUGAAAGGUUUAGACUUCCCAAGCUGUAUCAUUACCACCACGAAAGGAAAAGUGACUGGUAUGAAUUUGCGCGAAUGUAAUCGAUAGAAGAAGCUGUAAUUUGACAGAAAGGAGGGAUAAAAGAACUAAAGGAUCUGUUAAUUAUGACAGCCGUUCGUCGACGUUCCUUGACCCAACUUCUUAUCAGCUUAUUGACGAUGGAGUAGAGUUACUGUGUAAUUGCAGUAAAUCUUAUUCAAGUUCGGGCAUGCUGUGAUAUUUUCACCAUAAUCGUAGCACUGACUAAUAUGAAGGUUAUUUCGUGGGCUGUGAAUCGGAUCCUGCUCGAGAUGUAGAAGGCAGAAAAGCAAGUUUACAGGUCUCGGAACAAAUUUAAAGCUUAAACCAAAACUGCUCGUUUACAUGAACUUAACAAUAAUGAUAUUCAUGCUUUUUAAAAAAUAAAUUUUGUAUA